GCUCUUUCCACUGAGCCACGCUGCUUCUCCAAUUACGAUGACGAUCGUAACCUAAUGAGCGCUUAACAAAGUCCACCCUGAUGAAGAUGAUUAUUAUGACCCAGUUAAGAGCUUAUGAAAGAUCAUCCUGAUGAUGAUUAUUAUAACCCAGUAAGAGCUUAACAAACGCCAUCCUGAUGAUGAUGACGAUCAUCAUAACAGAAAGAGCUUAACCAACACCGCCAUCAUCAUCAUUAUUAUUAUAAUAACGGGACGAGCUUGUCAAACAUCACCAUCGUCAUCACUGUCAUAACCCAGUAAGAGCUCAACGAAGACCAUCGGCGUCAUCGGUAUUAUUCUAACGCGGAGAGCUUCACGAAUAUCAGGAUUGUCAUCGCUAUUAUAACCUAGUAAGGCCUUAACAGACAGCCCGAUGACGACGACGAGGAUCGUAGCGUAGCAAGAGCGUAACGGAGACCCUCUGAUGACGAAGAUGACGAUCAUAAACCAGCAAGAGCUUAACGGAGACCAUCCCGAUGAAGAUGAUCAUUAUAACCUAGCGAGAGCUUAACGGAGACCGUCCCGAUGAUGAUGAUCAUAGACUAGCGAGAGCUUAACGGAGACCAUCCCGAUGAAGAUGACGAUUGUAACCUAGCGAGAGAGUUUAACGGAGAUCAUCCCGAUGAUGCCGAUGACGAUUAUAACCUAAUGAGAGCCUCACAGAGACCAUCCCGAUGAUGCCGAUGACGAUUAUAACCUAAUGAGAGCCUCACAGAGACCAUCCCGAUGAUGAUGAUGAUGAUGAUUAUAACCUAGUGAGAGCCCAACAGAGACCAUCCUGAUGAUGACGAUUAUAAGCCGGAUUCGCGGGCUCCCGCCGGCAGGGACGCGGGCGAAGGAUCCGGCCCCUCCCCCCGCCCCUCCUCCCGCCCCGGCCGUUUUCCCGCCGCCAUGGCAACGGCGGCGCAUCCCGCCGCAGGCCGAGGAUUCCCGGGCCCCGCCGGCCGGGCCUCCCGAUGGGAAGGUCCAUUCUGGGGUGACUUCGCCCCCUCAGAAGAGCUUGACCUGGCUAAGAGCAGCCCUAUUCAACGCGCUUCUUCCUCGCCCGUCGUUACCUCGAUCGCGUCUCCUUGCAGGAUCGCCUCGACCCCGUCAUGGCGUCGAGGGAAGAGACCCAUCCCUUUGUAGAUAUAUUCGGGGAAGAUGAAGCCGAGGAGGCCUUUUUGCUGUCCAAACCCGUCUGCGUGGUCAUAUUUGGAAAACCGGGGAUCGGAAAGACCACGUUAGCCCAAAAAAUAUCGCAGGCGUGGAAGUGCGAAUGCAUCGAAGCUUUGCAGAUCAUCGAAGAGAACAUGGCCGCCGAUGGCGAAUGCGGACAGACGCUUCAAGAUCUACUCCUCAAGGGGCACGAUAUUCCGGAGGAAUUGGUGGCCAAGAUGUUACUGGAGAAGCUCAACUCUCCAGAGGUCGCCCAUUUAGGCUACGUCCUCGGCGCCUUCCCGAUUCUCUCAGAGGAAUGCAUGACAAUCCCGGAGCAAGUGGAGAUAAUAAAGAACCUGAAAUUGAAACCGGAUAUCAUCAUCAAUAUAAAGUGUUCCGAUUAUGACUUGGGCCAGAGACUCUCCGGACAGAGACAGCACGUUAUCACCGGGGAGGUCUAUCAGCGCGAUCGAUGGGACCCCGUCUUUAUCGAGAAGAAGAGGAGAAAGAAGAAGGAAUCCGCGAGAGAAGCUGGAGAAGAAGAGACGGAAGAGGAAGAAGAGGAAGAGGAGGCCGCGGCAGACGCGCAGACGAUCGCGGACCUCUUACCGCAACUCGUCCGGAGGCCCGAGGACUUCUCGGAGAAUAUCGAAGCGAACGUUAAACUGUACAGGGAGACGAUGCUGCACCACGUCGAGGAAGUGAUGGCCGACCACAAUUCCCAGUUCCUUUUCGAACUAGACGGAAAUAAGCCCGUAGAAGAACUCUUCGUCUCGGUGAUUUCCCAGCUGCGAUCCCUGGGUUUAAGAAGUGGAGCUCCUGUGACGAGACUUCAGGGUUCGGCCGAGGAAGAGCUGUCGGAGGGCCUGGAAAAUGACGAACUCUUCCGGACCCUUUCGGCCUACAAAUUAGUCGCCCCCAGAUACCGAUGGUGUCGGAGCAGAUGGGGUCGGGCCUGUCCCGUGGCUCUCAAGGAAGGAAACAUCCGGACGGGCCUGCCGGAGUUCGCCGUGAGUUUUCUAGGUAAGAUGUACUUGCUUUCCUCCGAAGAGGCCCUGGGGAGAUUUUCACGGAAUCCACGGCCCUAUCUCCUUCCGCCCAUGCCGCUCCCGCCGUGUAAAGUUCUAGUGUGGGGACCUCGGUCCGCGGGGAAGACGAGCCUGUGUAACCUCAUCGCCAGCAGAUACAGAGCGAAGGUCCUUGACUUGGGCAGACUUAUCGAGCCACGGCUGAAGACGGCACAGGUCGCGUUCCUCGAACAAGUUCGGUCAGACGCGACGGAGCAGGCCAUUCUGAAGGUGAAGAUUCAGACGGAAAUGGAGACGGCGCUGCAAAAGCCAGCCGCGGAGGGGGCGUCGAACUCCGAGAGCGAGGUCACGGCAGAACACCCGCGGGUCCGGCUCCUGGUCGAGGCCGCCCUGGCCUUCGCCGGGAACUCUCCCGUCGUCCUUUCCGCCGACUCCUACGCCGAGGUGCUGCAGGAAGCCAUCGCCGAGCUCACCGAGGAGAACAAGAAUCGGUUUCCCGGUGCCCCGGAGCUCGGAGGAUGGGUACUAGACAACUGUCCCUUAUCCCGGGACCAGUGGGCGGCCUUAUCCGACAGAGGACUUCUACCAGAUGUCAUCGCCUGUUUACAGGACUCUGAAAAUCAAGGAAAAUUUUUACUUAAUCGGCUCUACCUAGAGAGUAAAGAUGAAAUCGAUUCGAGGGUUCUGCAGCGUCUGACGGAUGAACAGCUAAGGAAGAAACAAGAGGAUGAGGCCACGAGAAAAGAAGUCCAAGAGAUGCUGAGGUUACAAGAGGAGAAGCAGAAGACCUUAGAGGCCAUCGAAGAGAAACCCGAAGAAUACGAAGAGGCGAAAGAUCCGUCGAAUUCGGAAGACCAUCAGCUCCAACCUCCUUCUUCUAAAGGGUCGAAAGCGGGCGUGGAAGCUGAGCCCGAACCAGAAAUCACCUUACCCGAAUAUGCGGAAGACGGUUAUCCAGAGGUGCCAGAAAUGGAGCCGAUUAAAGAAAAGAUCGCCGCCUUUACCAACGAGUGGCAGCAGCUGGAGGCGGUCGUGACGGAAUCUCCCUGGAUUCAGAUGUUAAAUCUGGAAAUCGCCGGAAGAACGCCGGAGGAGCUGCUCCAACCCGUGAUCGACGCUAUGGAGAAACCGUUGAAGUACGGCGGCUGGGAAAUCGGCGUAGAAGAUUUAGACGAAGAGACUGACGACCUCCUGGCCGAAACCGACGCCGAGGAAGAAGUAGAAGAAGAAGAACAAGAAGAAGGAGAGGAAGACGACGAAGAAAAACUGAAAGAAAAGAAGAGACAUAUGGGCGACAGCAAACACUUCUGCCCGGUGAGCCUCAAGGAGAACUUCAUCCUCCAUCCCGGCCUCCCCGACUGCGGGGCUAAGUAUCGAGAAAAGACUUACUACUUCUCGAAUCCCGAGGCCCGGGAGAAGUUUCUGGACGAUCCGGAGGAGUACGUGGCUCACGACGAACCUCUGAAGUGUCCUCCUUUGAGAGUGUGCCUCCUGGGUCCUCACGGAGCUGGCAAGACCGUCUGCGGGCGAUGGUUAGCGGAGAAACUGGGCAUUUUCCACAUCCAGUUUGAAGAAUACCUCCAGGAGAAAAUCAUGGCCAAAACGGAAAAGCGAGUCGGGCCCGAGUUCGACGAAGAAGCCGAGGAAGACCUGGCCGCCGCCCAGGAAUUAGAAGAUAUCGCCGCCCGGGCCAAUUUUAAGAUCGACGACAAAACUGAAAAUAAACAGGUUAGAGAAUUGAUACUGACCGACGAGGAGGAAGUCAUCAAAGCAAACCUGACCGACAGUGAGCCGUUACCUCCGGAGGUGCUCGAUCUGAUCGUUUCUGAGUGGUGGCUGGUGGAACCCAUACGGUCCACGGGAUUCGUCCUGGACGGUUUCCCCCGGACGGCCGAGGAAGCCCAGUUUCUCGCCGAGCACGGGCUUUGCCCGGACGCCGCCGUCGUCCUUCAGGUCGAAGAGGGAGACGUUUCCGCCCGCCUCCUGCCGUCCGCUCUCCAGAAGUGGAAGGACAAGCAGAUGAAGAAGUUGGACAGAGCGCAGAAGAUUAAGAACCUCAAAGCCAAAAUAAGAGAGGAUCUGAUUUCUAAAAGAAGGGCGGAACUGGUAGCGGAGCAAGAGAAGAAGAAGAAACCGGAGGGCGUCACCAGGGAAGAUGAAGAAGUCAGUGAAGAAGAGCCCGAAGAAGAGGAGGAAGUGAACGUCGAGGCCGUCCUGGAGGAAGAGUUCCCCAAAGAGGAAGAAGAUGCGAGUGAGGAAGAAGAAGAGCAGGAGGCUGAAGCUAUCGACCGCUUAAAAAAUGAAAUCGGGGAAAAGUUCGACGUGGACGCUAAUAACCUCCUAGGAGUCCAGGAGGAAUUGGAAAAACUGCUCAUACCGCUGAUCACCAUUUCUGGCGGGAGGAAACUCCACAUCGUACGCUACCUGCUCCACAGCAAACUGAAACACCUGGCGGAAAAUAGAGAGAGCAUGUUUGAGAAAUGCUAUCCGAUAUCUCUCCAACUAGCCGAAAAGAUGCUUAGUCUCGCCUACAAGUUUCCAAGUUCUUACGGCCAGUGGGAUCCCGUGAAGCUCUGCGAGGGGGACGCCAUCAAGCCUUUCGAAAAUCCCAAAAAUCCGAGUCAUCCCAUAAUCCACCGGCAGUAUAUUUAUUUUUUAUCCGGCAAAGAAAAUAAGGAAAAAUUUAUGAGGAACCCGAUCAAAUACAUCAGGCAGCCCAAACCUAAACCCGCCGUGCCUAUACGGAUCGCCAUCGUGGGGCCGCCCAAAUCCGGGAAAACGACAGUCGCCAAGCAGUUCGCGAGCGCCUACGGCUUGAUGCGCCUGUCCGUCGGAGGGGCCGUGCGUCUGAUGUUAAGCUCUCAGCCGGAGAACGAGUUGGCCCUCAUGCUGAACUGGCAUCUUCGCAAGGGACUCACGGUGCCCGACGAACUGGCCGUCCAGUGUCUAGAAGAGGCCCUCAUGGAAAACGUGUGCCGCACCGCCGGGAUUGUCAUCGACGGAUACCCCGUCACGAAGCAACAGGUGGAGAUCUUGGAAUCGAGGAGCAUCAUCCCCAUCAAGAUUUUUGAGUUACAGGUGCCUACCAAGGAGAUUUUUAGAAGAUCGCUGCUGGAAAAGAAGGGCGCCGUGAGCCCUCCGUUACCGCUCCACGACAGCGCCCAGAUCCUCUCCGUCAGGAACUCCGGCUACCGGAAGGCGAUCGCCGCCGUCAGGACGUACUACCGGGAGGAGCGUCGGAACUGGUGUGUGAUCGAUGCCUUCCGCAGCAAAUGGUGGAUUUGGAAUGAAGUCCUUCGGCACGUCCAAGCCAUCACUAAGCAUAUUCAGCUCUACCUGGAAAGAGUCUGCGCGGGGAAAGCGGCCUGCAUCGACAAGCUGUGCAUCGCCCCUCACGAGCUGCUGCCCCGGCUGGGAGAAUUCGCCCAAUACUGCCCCGUCACCCUGGCGGAGAAGGACGAGCUGUCCGACUGCUCCGUGAGCCCCUCGCUGCGGUGGGCGGCGGAAUACAGGGGACAGUACUACAAGAUGGCCUCUGAGGAAGACCUGGAGAAGUUUUUGAAGACUCCGGAGUCGUACGUGUCUCCCCUGGCGCCUCGCCCUCUCCCUCCCCCGGAUUUGCUCCCGAAGAGGCUGACCGCAGCGGAGGUGAAGGCGAGAUUCCCCCGGAAUGCGGAAAUGCGGGGAUACUGUCCGGUCACCUACCUGGAUGGGAAACAGAGAUACGAAGCCCUCGAACUCGGCAGCGUCGAGUACGCCGCGGAGUAUCGGAACCGAAUCUACGUUUGUGAGAACGAGGAGAAGCUCCGGAGGUUUCUGAGGUUACCGAAGAGGUACUGGGAUCAGAAGCUUCCGCGUAAACUCCCUCCGAUAAAGGAGCCCUUCUUACUCACCGGCCUCCCUCUGACCGGGUACCUGGAACAGGGCUUGGCCUCGUCGCUCAUUAAAGCCAUGAAUGAAGUCGGGUGUUUGAAGCCCAAGCUUCCCUUCCGAAGCGCGAAGAAGUCCGCUCUCCUCUUCGUGGCGUUCCAUCUGAAAGCUUACAACCCCAAGGGGUCCGAAUAUUCCCGGACGAAGUACGCGAAGAAGCUGAGGCGGUUGGUGGAGUGCUGCCAGCUCAUAACCUACCUGGGCGCCAAAAUGACCCGCAGGUAUAAAGAACCGCAGUACCGGGCCGUCGACUUCGAUCGGAAACUGCAGGCUUUUUUCUCCCUCAGAGAUGUAGACCCGAUUUCCGGGCCGUUUUAGCGGAACGGUCGCGUCUUCCCUCCGGCUGGGGUCGCCGGGUCUCCGCCGGAGGCCUCCCGGCGGUUUCGACGGGAUCGCCUUCCGCUCUCAUCACCUCGCGGGCCCCGGCCGACCCAAGCCUUGCCGUUUCUUCUGUCUCCGAAAGUCCCGGUCCUCCGAGCUCGGCGUCCUCAAACCGCGCCGGGCUGGAAGUAGACGAUUCUCCCUCUGACACGGUCCCCGUCGGAACGACCCGGCCUGAACGGCCCCCCUUUAGAGCGCCGGGAAAGGCGACCGUCGCGCCUUUUUCCUUUCUUCUCCGAAAAUCAACCGCUUUUAUCUCAGUCGACGGCUCCUGUCGGAAUGGAAACACUCCGAGGCCGAAACUGGAGUUACGUCGGAGGCGCCGGGCCCCUCUGGGCGGCGGUUUUGUUUAUGGAGCGUGAAAGGUCGAUUGUACUCUCCUCACGUUAAUUGGAAUAAAGGGCUGCCACUUA